AUGGCCGGCAAGGUGAACUCAACUGAAGCCUGUGCAGCACUUUGCGCAGGUGCGGCACUUCAAGGGUGUGAGGCCUUCAUCUUUUGCAAAUCCGACCAGACUUCGCAUGAGGUUGGGCUUUCGGUUGACUUUUGCAUGCUGCUGCACACGGUCCAGGAAGUGCAAGGUGAUCGAAGCCCUUUUCCUGGCAGAUGCAGCUCUGGGCGUGCUUGCGCAUCUGAUUGUCGAGAUCUAGAUCCUCAGCUGUCCCUGGUCUUUCCUGAUGCAGAAGCUUCGCUGGUCUCCAGCUGCUCGGCACUGAUUGACCGCCAGCCUGGCAAUUGUUGGUCAUCAUGGAAUGACGGGAAGCGAGAGGAAACGACCGAUCCUGACAUUCGCAUUGUGCAGGCGCUUUGUCCAGAAAGCUGUCGCUCCUGCUCGAACGCUUCGGUUGAAGGGACAUCCAGAAGUGGAAACCGCGGGCAUGCCACUGUUGCCGCAGCUGAACUUGCUCGUAUGACCGCAUCAGUGCCUGCCACAGCUCGGUGUACAAUCGAAAGACAGGUCGCUUAUCAGGACGAGAGCGGGUAUUUCUUCAAGUGGCGAGCCGUGCUCAGCGCAGAGACUUGUGCCUCUCUGUGCGCCAGCAGCCCGGAAUGUCUUGCCUUCACAUUUUAUGUGGCAGAUCAGAGCGACUUCUCGAAGUUCGACUGCGUGCUGCACAACUCUACAUCUGCCAGCACGCGUGGUCGUCGGGCAGACUCUUGCUGCCACUCUGGACAAGCCUGUGCUGCGCGAUGCACCAACCAGGAUCUUUACGUGUCGCUGCUGACUCAGACCAGUGGGUUGUCCUACAUAACGAAUUGCGAGGAGUAUCUGGUGUCCUUGUUUUUCGCGCAGAAUGCCAGUUCUUGCCAGAGCCUCCCGGAUCCGGGACUUACUGAAGGUCUUUGCGCUCUUAGCUGCUUUGCUCGUGUGCCCAGCACCGGCAGCGGUGAUGUCUACCCCACGUUGCCACCAAGCACGACAACGGAAACAAAGCUGCUCUCGUCGUCGCAAGGGCAAGGGGUGGUCGAGGGCACUCCUGCAACUACUCAAAGCUCCCGUACCCCGACGGCUACCACUCCACGGCCCGGAGUCGUGCAGACUGCUGUUGGCUCAGCAACUCUGUCAAGUCCACGAUUCCGCACCCUAUUCUGUCUGCUGAUUAGCAGAACAUUCGCUCUCUGGUAA